AUGUCACCGGCAGCAGUUUUCAUAACUGAUUCAACACCAUUAUUUCAGUUACAAUAUCCAUCAAUUGAAAGACCAUUUGGUUUAUAUUUAUGGCCAAUUUUCAACUAUAUAUUUGAACAAGUUAUUGGAUACCCUGCCAAUGAUUUCCAAUUUAUUUAUCAUAAAACAUUUUUAGCAAAUGGAUAUCAUGCAAUUUUGAUAAUAAUAAGUUAUUAUAUUGUUAUAUUUGGUGGUAGAUUUUUAAUAAAUACUUUUAGAUUACCAGCUUUAAAAUUGAACUUUUUAUUUCAAUUACAUAAUAUCAUCUUAACUUUAUUAUCAUUGAGUUUAUUAUUAUUAUGUAUUGAACAAUUAGUUCCAAUAGUUUACAAUCAUGGUAUUUAUUAUGCAAUUUGUCAUAAAGAUGCAUUUAAUCAAAAAUUGGUCACAUUAUACUAUUUGAAUUAUUUAACUAAAUACUUGGAAUUGAUAGAUACAGUCUUUUUAGUUCUUAAAAAGAAGAAAUUAUUGUUUUUACAUACUUAUCAUCAUGGUGCUACUGCUUUAUUAUGCUAUACUCAAUUAACAGGUUCAACUUCAGUAGAAUGGGUUCCUAUCACUUUAAAUCUUGCUGUUCAUGUUGUCAUGUAUUGGUAUUAUUUCUUAAGUGCUAGAGGUAUUAAAGUUUGGUGGAAAGAAUGGGUUACAAGAUUCCAAAUUAUUCAAUUUGUUUUAGAUUUAGGAUUUGUUUAUUUUGCAACUUAUACUCAUUAUGCUUUCCGUUAUUUCCCAUACUUACCUAACUUUGGUGAUUGUUAUGGUUCUGAAUUAGCUGCUGGUUAUGGCUGUUUGAUCUUGAGUAGUUACUUAGUUUUAUUUAUCAGUUUUUACAUCAAAGUUUAUAAAUCUAAAGGUAAAAAAAUUGAUAAAGUUACACCAAGAGGUGAAAUUAAAACAACUACAACUGGUAAAUCAUCAGCAGUUGAGCAAACUGGUGCCUCAAAACCAAGAGCAAGAAAAGUAUAA